UCGAUUUCGAAAGAAAAUCGGCGGAACCCUAAACUAACCCUCACUCUCCCUCGACUGUGGGGAUCAUCCCCCCCGCCCGCAAACGCGGCCGCCGAUCAUCUCCUCGGCGUGGGGAUCCUGGUGCUUUGGUCGCUCGAUUGUACUAGAUAUCCUGUUGUUCCGUUUUAUACUUAUUUGUGGUUACCAGCAAUUGAAGAUGGCAAGUUCUUCAAGAGCAACAAAUGCAUUGGAUGAGGCAAAUGUGGGGGAGGCUGCUGAUCGCAAUCUUCAGCCGUUUAGUUCCCUGUUGAAGAUGCCAUUUGCGGAGCAUCGGGUGUCAAAAGUUUGUGAUAAUGUUAAGGCUUGUUUAAAAUGUAUAGCUCACCAUCUCAAGAUGCCGUACAAUGACUUGUAUGGACCAGGUCUGAAGAAAUUGGGACUUUAUUAUGUAUCUCGUUUGGGAGAUAUAAGAAUUGACAAAGGUCUUAUUACUGCACUUGUUGAGAGGUGGAGACCCGAAACAGCAACAUUUCAUCUUCCUGUGGGUGAGAUGACUAUCACUCUACAAGAUGUUAGCUGUCUAUUAGGUUUACCUAUUGAAGGACACCCAAUUACUGGUGUGUGCGAGAAGAAUUGGAGCAGCAUCAUCGAGGAAGAUCUAGGUAGGCCCUGUACAAAUGAGAUAUGGAAAAUGAAGACACGGAGAAAAGAUGGGAUAAGAGUUGUCAAGUAUUCUCGAUUCAGGCUUCGCUUGCGAUGGUUGAAAGAUGAAUUCAGUGAGCUGCCACAAAACCCUACACAAGACCAAAUAGAUCAGCACACGCGUGCAUUUGCCCUUUAUUUGCUAGGAUCUGUGCUUUUUCCAGACAGCACUGGAGACGGUGUGCCGGCUAUGUACCUGCAGUUUCUGAGAGAUUUACAUGACCCACCAAAAUUAAAUUGGGGAUCAGCAGUUCUAGCUGUCUUGUACCGAUCUUUAUCAACUGCUGCCCAGAACAAAACUAUCUGUAUCACUGGCCCGUUAAUGCUACUGCAGAUGUGGUCAUGGACUCGUCUCAAUGUCAGUCGACCCCAUACCCAAAGAUCCAUUCACAUCAUGGGGAUUGCCAGAUCUUGAGUCUUGUCAACCAUAUGGAAGAUAUUGUACAGGUGCUCUUAUAUUCCCGAAUAGUCCACACAAUGCUGGGAUGGGCAGCCCUCGAGACGAACUUAAUGCUAUACUGGAUGAAUUUGUGAAUUGGCUACCAUAUGAAAGGUGCAUCUCUCUCUUGCCAGCUGUGGUGCAAACAGAUAGUGAGAUUUGGACAGCGAAAAUACCACUCAUUCACUUCUGGAUAGUGGCCAUGCAUUAUCCUGACAGAGUCAUGCGUCAGUUUGGGUUGUUUCAGCACAUUCCACCUCCAGAGCCUCUUAGCUGGGACGUCCACCUUAGUCUUCAUAGAGUGACCCGCUUAUCCGCGGAAGGUACAAACUGGGCAGAGAAAUGGGAGGAAUACAUCAGGCCAUGGGAAAGGCCAAGGGACCGAUUGGUGAAUGAGGUGCGGCCGUAUGAUAUUACCACUAGACCAACAUACUUGAAGUGGUUUGGACAGUUUGGCAUGCGCAAUGUUUUUUCAGAGCAUUAUCAUGUGAGACUUGUAGAUGAACCCCAACCUUUGCCAUCUGAUCCAGUCAAUUCUAUUACAUAUGUGCAGCAUGGCGAUAAAUGGGCACGGCAGAGUUUCAGGGCUUUCAAGGAUGCAGUGCUUGGGAUAAACCUUGUUAUAAGAGGAAUGAUAUCUGAUGGAAAGAUUCUGUUGAAAUCAUGUCGAGGCCACUUAAUUGAUCUUGGGGAGGGUGACAAAUUUGACCGCUUACUCCAGGAAGCGGGACUGCCUUUUGACAUAGACUCGAUAUCAACUGAUAGAGAGCCUCUUUCAGGAAUCCAGACAAUACAAUUCACAGAAGAAGAGUAUCAUGCUUUGUACAACUCACAGAUAACCUUGAUGGAUUUAAUAAGAAGGAAAGAAACUGGUCAGCUUAGUAGUUCAGGCUCCGAGUUUCUAGGCAACAAGUUCACUCGUGAUUUUCCAGAGAACGAGAUUAAUGUGAUAAACUGUAGAUUGGAUCCGGCAGGACUAUGUCAUAAUGAUUCCAGGAAUGGACCAAUUUGUCCUCUAGAUCCACCAGCUACAGAGUCAUUAUCAGCUGAUCAAACUUUGCUCUCAUCUGAGGUUGAACAGGCCUGCCAAACUGUACCAGCUCUGGAAUGUUCUCCCAACAAGCCUGUCUGUUGGCCCAAAGAUGACAUUUUAACACGAGAAUGGGUAGCUGACUUUUCCAACAUGCUUGAUUGGUCCUCCCGCAAUCUCCCUCCUCAACAACUUCCUGAUGUCCUACCCUUCUCAGUUGUCCAAAAGCUUGUGCUCACUGCCUCAAACCUCCUUCAUCGUGAACCGAAUUGCAUUCAAGUUGAUCCUCGAGCUGACCAAACUGUGACCAUCGUUGGUGAUAUCCAUGGUCAGCUCCAUGAUGCCAUCUUCCUCCUCCAAGCUGCAGGAUUUCCGUCUGAAAGCCGCAUUUUUGUGUUUAAUGGUGACUACGUAGAUCGUGGCUCCUGGGGCCUUGAAACUUUCCUUCUCCUCCUGGCAUGGAAGGUCUUUUUGCCAAGCUCUGUGUUUCUCCUUCGUGGCAAUCAUGAAUCAAAGUACUGCACUUCAGUUUAUGGUUUCAAAAACGAACUUUUCACCAAAUAUGUAGAUGAUGGCAUCCAAAUCUAUCAGUUAGUUUUGAAAUGCUUCCAAGACCUUCCUUUGGCAUCAGUUGUAGCUGGAUGUGUUUAUACAGCUCAUGGAGGGCUCUUCCGUGGUACGAUGGACAUGCCACAGAAAAAGCGCAAACGAGCCCGUAAAUGCACAGCUAAUUCCAGCACUGUCUCAUCUACCCUCAAGCUCGGAUCCUUAGAAGACCUGUCAAAGGCAAGAAGGAAUGUGCUUGAUCCUCCAUGGAAAGGCUCUAAUCUAAUUCCUGGUGAUAUUCUUUGGUCUGAUCCUUCAGUAGAGAUGGGUCUUUCACUGAAUAAAGCAAGGGGUGGUCUUGGUUUAUUAUGGGGUCCUGAUAUGACUGAGAAGUUUAUGAUGGAAAACAAACUCAAGCAGGGAAGCCUUCCAAUUUGGGAUGUUCCACUAACGGCUGCAAAUGAGAUUUGCGAAGCCGACCCACUGUGAGUGGCAGUCCAAGAUAUUUGACAGGGAAAUCCGAAAGUCCUGCCGGGAACAACUGACUGGCAAGUGCAAUCUCACCAUCGCUGCAAGCAAUAGGCACAAUUAGGCUUUUUGCCAGGUACUACUAGGCAGAACCGAGUAUAUAAUAGUCAUACUAGUAACAACAAGCCUUAUGCUAGGUAAAUCAGUUGAGUGAGCCCAGCUCAACUAGUCGGGGUAAAUCAGUCAAGUGCAAUCCAGCCACUCAGGUUUGAGUCCUCUUCAACUCUAAUUUGGGGGCCUAUUUUCUUCUUAAAAUUAUGAAAAACACCUAGUUCCUCCUAAGCUGGGUUUCAUUUUUUUUUUCUUACUAGGUAAAUCGGUCAACAGGCCUUGUACAAUGCCCAAUAAAACCAGCCUAUCACUUAGGUGUACUACUUACUAAUAUAGUUUAUUACUGUACAACAAAAGCUUUAUUCAUCUGAUAAUUCUUUUAAUCUUGUUGCUAUUUUCUAUGGUUAUGUUUAAGGGAUUUGGUGUCAAGUCAUAGUUUUGCCACUAAGUGUGCCAAUGCUUUUUUGGGUGAUUUUGGCGCACACGGGAACAGUGGCAGCUUGUUUGAUGCUUCACCCUCGUGAUUUACAAAAAAAAAAAUCCGUCCCUUCCCUAUAAAUUGAAAUAAUUUGGCUCGUGUGUUGAUUCUUUCUUCCAGCUGAAAAUCAUCAUGUUGACUUCUCUGUUCAUUCUUCUGAGUAGGCAAAUGUUUGGUACUUUUUUCUAUUUAAACCGAUGGUUAUGUAUAGGCGGACCCUGCACUUUUUCUUUGGGUUGGGGGGGGGGUCAUCUUUCCCGAACUUUCGAAAUACAUUUUUUAUAGAAAUACUUUUAAGGGAAACCCCUAAAGAUAAAUUAGGUGUACCACCCAGUGUUUGAACCCUGGACGGGAGCACCCCGACCAGUGGCCUUUGCCACUGCACCUUGAGCCCCUUCGCCUGCCAAUGUUGGCGUCACUUCCUCCUCGCUCGCCACCCUACGCAACCAGCUUGUGCAGGGAGGGGCAAGAUCUAGCACGAGAAUUGAGAGAGGUCCUCAUCUCCCUCCGUUUUGGCUAGUGAUGAUGCCUAUAAUGACUUCGAGAAUCUAAAAAUGCAUUUUGAGCAUUUAGAGACCUGGAUGGCACCUGGAACAAGUUUAGUGACCUAAAAAUUUAUUUUGAAAGACCUAAAUGACACGUUAUGAAGUUCGGGAUCUGAAAUGCAUUUAAGAGUUUAGGGAUCUGAAAAUGCAUUUUGCUCUAAACCAAUUAUAUAAAUCAGAAUAGAUGCAUUCUAUUUCGUUUUGAUGCUAUAUGAACGUUCAUGUGUGAAAAAGACUAUGAAAAUGGAAAACUGUUAAAAGGGUGAGUACUUUCUACAAGGGGAAGUGACCUAGUGAGACUUGCACUUGAUUUUAGAACCUUGCCUAGUGAGACUUGUACUUGAUUUUAUUGCCUAUCUU